GAGGACUGUCAAUUCCUUGUGGGAUUCACAAAGGAGCAGCAGCAGAUUUGUGGGCGGAGUCUGGAGUUAAUGAAUUACGUGCUUGAGGGUGUGGUGGAAAGUAUCCAGGCCUGCAGGGCGGAGUUUGAGGGGGAGAGGUGGAAUUGCUCGGGUGGAUUGGAAAGUGUGAACAGUGGCGGACGUGUUGUAGAGGCUGGCACCCGCGAAACUGCCUUCCUCUACGCCAUCUUGUCCGCCGGAGUCACUCACAAAGUCACGAAGGCCUGUAGCAGCGGUCGGCUCAAAAACUGUGGCUGCGAUCGAACGCUAACCGGACAGGAAGAGUGGUCAGGGUGCUCGGACAACGUAGCGUACGGGAAGGCAUUCGCCAGAAGUUUGAUUGACGUGAGGGAGGAGCUAGUGGGGAUGAGUCACCCGAGCAGGGCUCUGCUUAAUUUGCAUAAUAAUAAUGCCGGACGCAAGACAGUUGAGUUGAGUAUGCGGACGCACUGCAGAUGUCACGGGGUUUCAGGGGCCUGCGAGAUGAAGACCUGCUGGAAGACCCUGCCCCCUUUCGAUGACGUCAGCAAAAGAUUAAAAAUAAACUACGAUAAUUCGAAGAUGGUCAAACUGAAGAAAGCCGGAAGUCAAAUGGAUUUCGCCCCACAGCAGCAGCAGCCACACAGCUUCAACGAGACAGACCUCCUCUUUACCCACGCAAGCCCCAGCUACUGUGACCUUGACCUCUCGCGGGGUUCGCUGGGCACGAGUGGCAGACUCUGUUCGAACGACAAGACAGCGACGACAGACAGCUGCAAGGUUUUGUGCUGCGGCCGAGGUUACGUUGUUGUCGGUGAGGUCACUCUCGUUGAGAAGUGCCACUGCAAGUUUCACUGGUGCUGCAGGGUGGAGUGCCAGGAGUGCAAAAGAAGGGUUGAACUUUACAGGUGUAAGUAG